AAUCAUUUCCCUCGAGCCAUUCUCCCAUUUCGCCCGCCUGCAUCAACAUGAAACUCGCCCUCUUCGCCACAUCUGCCGCCGUCGCCGCUGCCGCCCUCAACCGCACCAAUGGAACCAAUGCGACCCAUGUUAACUCGACCAACAACGUGAUCGUGUUUCACAACGGAACUAACGGUACCGCCCAAAACGCCUCCCGCGACGCCAUCAAGUUCACUCAAGCGCACGAACGCUCCCGCUUGUUCGACUACGAAAACAACGAUGUUGUGAUUGUCGGGUCGGGUCUUAUCGGUUGCUUGGCGGUCGCUGCUGUUGCGUUUGCUGCAGUGAAGAAGACUCGCUCGGCCUCGUCUGCUGGUGCCUCGGACGCAUCUGUCUUGGCCGAAGAUGUAGUGGACGAGAUUGAAGCUGUGGAAAACGCCGCUGAAGAGCCGAAGGAGGAUGCUCCUGCUUCCCCCUCUGACAAGGACGAAGAUGUGCAUCAAGUGUCCACCGACUCCCCGUCAGUUGUGUCCGUCUAAGUUCCGCCCCAGUGAUUUAUCUAUUUGACAUCACAUUCGAGUAAUCUCUUAAUGCCACGUAUGUUGGUCUUGUCU